AUGGCCAGCGCUGCAAACAUUCGCGGCACGUCGCUGCGCGCUGGCGGAGCGUGUGUUCGCUGUCGCAAAGGCAAGACGAAAUGUGUCUAUGAGAACGGUCGCGCGCCGUGCAAGAACUGCGCCAAGGGUCUGCAUGAAUGCUAUCUGCCAUCGGAAAGCCUCGCCCAUCACCAUGGACAGUCGCCUGCACGCACGACAGGAUCUCGUCCCCGUGAGAGCCUGCCUGGAGAACGCAGCGUGUCAUCCGCUGCCGAGCGACAGCCUGCGCCCAGUCAGACUAUCGGGUCGCGUUCCGUACAGUCCAGUAGCGAGAAACUCACGCCCGAGUUGAUGCAGGAGUGCGAGCGAGUUAUUAACAAGACACUUCCGUCUUGUGUGGCCUUCCAUAAGCCAUCCUUCUUGCAGAAACUAAAGAAUGGUACCCUUGAUUCCAGCAUGAUCAAUGGCCUUCUGUGUCUGGCUGCCAGAAGUUCCCAGCCUCUAAUUCGCCGAUAUGGCGGCCAAGGUGGUGCGAUGAUGGCGGCCGACCACUUUGGUGUCAAGUGCCUCACCACCCUCAUGCAAAAUAUGGACAACCCGACCCUACAUGAUAUCCAGGCUCUAUGCCUUCUCACAAUUCAUGAAUGGGGAUCUCGGAAUGCGGUCCGCGCGUACAUCUACCUGGGCCAAGCUGCGCGUAUGGCUCAGAUGUACCGCAUCAUCUCCCAACAUGCCAGUCGCCCGGAGGCUGAUCAAUUCAUCAAAGACGAAUCCUUCCGACGCACCUUGUGGCUGAUCUACAUCCUCGACUGCUUCUUGACCAGCAGCCCCGGUCGUCAUCCGGCUCUGUCGGCGCAUGACAUCAAGGAUGUAGCCCUGCCGUGUCCAGACAUGAGCUUCAACUUCGGCACCCCCGUCUUCGUCCGCACGCUGAGCGGUGCCCCACCACGCGGUGUCCCGGAUCCCACGACUCCUUUGGCUGAAGUUGGCGAGUUUGGCCACAUCGUCAUGGCAACUCAAGCAUGGCGCAACGUGAUCGAGAUGCUUACUACCGUCACUGUGGAGACCUUCUCAGAGCAGCAGUGCCAAAGUCUGGAAACAGAAAUUGAGAGUGUCCGUCAAGCCUUGCCGAUGCAUUUCAUGGACAAGCCUGGCCACAUCAACCUGCACAUUACCAUGGGAAGUGGAUACACGUACGCCAUGCUGCAUUCACUUCUUCAUUGCGCCACUAUCAUGGUCAACCGUCGCAGACUACUGCAAGUUGUUACCACCGAAGGUUUUAACCACGAGACAUGGCGGAUGGUGCCUCAUUCGCACUUGCAAACGGUAGAUAGAGUCUUCGCUGCUGCCCAUAGCAUUAUCUCGCUGUUGAUUGCGCUCGAGGCCAACGUGGACAAGGACUCCACCGUCUGUUUCCCACUUGUCAUGCUGUUCGCCUGCUUCACCGCGGGCUCGACGGUUGCGUGGUUCAGUCUCAAGGGAUUGACACCCUCCAACGUCGAUGAAACCGCAGAGGCACUUGUGCGCGACGCCAUGCGCUACCUCCAGGACGGUGCAGAAGCAUGGACGCUGGCAAUUCCGUGGUUCCGUCAUCUAUCUGUCAUGGCCAAGGUCUUGAGCAAUGGUGACAACGCUGCCACCCAAAUCAAGCCAGAGCCAGCACCGUCUUCGAUCAAGGAUGACACAGCUAGCCAGCCCGACAAUAAUCCAGAGCCAAUGGAUUACGACCGACCGGCAUCUGCACAGCCCCAUGACCAACCAAAUGACGGCAGAGGAAGCGAGCCUCCCCGAAGAACGGGCUUUACCACGAUCAAUGGAGGAUCCGCGGGGGCGUCGACACCAACGACAGCAAGCCCGCCACCAGCCCAAGGCAAGGUCGGGUCGCCCAAUGCUCCAUCUUCAGCCGGAGGAGGUCAGCCAUCUGAACCUCCCGCCCCAACUUCGGGUACCGAUAUGACCGCUGCCGAACUAUGCGGGGCGUUUGAGCACCAGCUGUUGGAGCUGGACGAUCUGGCGGCUUUCAUGGGUGGUGGUGUAUGA